GACAAUAUCAUUCUACUCUGUCUGAAAUCUAAACCUUUCCCCUCUAAAAUUAUACUCAACCGUUUCUCACAUCUUACCUCUGUUUUUUUCUUGUCUUUUUUCCGAGAGUACACCGCAACAGUGUGCCAUGGAACCAUAUGAACAAUUCGUGUGCUUAAAUAAACUAAAACGCGAGUUCAAGGAUCCUCAAUUGGUCGCUAAAUGAAUGUCACUUUUCCAAGCUGGACCCAUUUCACCCAUCACUGUUUCGUGUCUCUGAAAGGUCAAGCAAUGCCAACAACUCCAAUAGGGGACAGAGAGAGCUCGUUUUUCAGCUGCAAAGCAUCACAUAAUUGAUGUGCUCUAUCUGAAGGAGUUUGCUUUGAGUUUGAGCUUCCACAACGGCAUUGUCAAAGUGAUAGCAUUACCAUCUCAGCUAGUACAGCUGUCGCCUCAUCAGGUGCCAUGUCAACAGCCAGAGAAGCGUCUGCAACUGAAGAAUCUUCUAGAAGUCUUCCUAGUUAGUUACACAGUCAAAGUUGUUAAAAUUUGUUGACAGCAGUCAUAACUAAUCAUUAGUUAAUUUGGAUUGGUUGAGGUGGUAGCGAUACUGGCACAAUUGAAUUUCCUAUGGAAUUCCGUCUCUCCUUGGUUCUCAUUCUGGUUUCUCUCCCUGCAAUUUUAGCUCAAGAUGUUGGGAAUACUAAAAAAGCUGGAAAUGUUAAGGUUGUGGUUAAUGGGAUUUUAGCUAUUGCACGAGUUGAUAAUAAUUUCAUCUGUGCCACUAUUGAUUGGUGGAAUCAUGAAAAGUGCGACUACAACCAGUGUCCAUGGGGAUCUGCAUCUGCGUUAAAUUUGAACUUGUCUCAUCCUUUGCUUGCCAAGUCAAUCCAAGCUUUCAAUCAGUUAAGGAUCAGAAUUGGAGGUUCCUUGGAAGACCAACUCUUGUACGAUGUAGGAAAUUUGAAAUAUCCUUGCCAUCCAUUCAGAAAGAAGAGUCAUGGCUUGUUUGGAUUUUCUAGAGGAUGUUUACCUAUGAGUAGAUGGGAUGAACUGAACCAAUUUUUCAGUAAGACAAGGCCCAUCGUCACAUUUAGCUUGAAUGCACUGUCAGGGAGGCACCACAAAAGCGGGGGUGUUUGGGUUGGAGAUUGGGACUCUAGCAACGCUUAUGAUUUUAUUAAUUAUACCGUUUUGAAGGGAUACCAGAUAGAUUCAUGGGAAUUCGGUAAUGAGCUCAGUGGUCGUGGUAUUGGAGCUAGUGUUGGAGCUGAACAAUAUGGAAAAGACUUGAUCAAGCUUAAACAUAUUAUCAACCAGUUGUACAAUAAGUCCCGCACUAAACCUGCACUUGUGGCACCUGGAGGAUUCUAUGACCAAGGAUGGUUUGCCAAGCUUCUUCAGGUUUCUGGUUCAGGGAUAGUCAAUGUUAUCACUCAGCAUAUGUACAAUUUGGGUGCCGGUGUUGAUCCCAAGUUGGUGAGCAGAAUUUUGAAUCCCGGUUACUUGGACCUUGCAUCUGGAACAUUCCAUGAUCUUGAGCAAACGGUGAAAAAGAACGGCCCUUGGGCUUCUAUAUGGGUCGGAGAGUCUGGAGGGGCUUAUAACAGUGGUGGUCGUAAUGUGUCUGACACAUUUGUGAACAGCUUUUGGUACUUGGAUCAGCUUGGAAUGUCAGCCAAGUACAAUACCAGAGUAUAUUGCAGGCAGUCUCUAGUUGGUGGAAACUAUGGUCUCCUCAACAGAACGUCAUUUGUUCCGAACCCUGAUUACUACAGUGCUCUUCUAUGGCAUCGACUUAUGGGACAAGGUGUUCUUGCUGUUAACAGCAAUGCUUCAGCAGAUUUACGCACUUACGCCCAUUGUGCAAGAGGAAGAGCAGGUGUAACUGUAGUCCUUAUCAAUUUAAGCAAUGACACCGAUUUCAUUGUCAAUGUUGAAAAUAUUUUGGACUUCAAUUUGGGUGCUCACGAGAGAAACAUUAGCAAAGAAAGUUAUUUCAAGCGCAGCCUUAAGAAAACGGUGUCAUGGGUAGGACGCAAAGCAUUAGACAAACCUGUUUACAGAGAAGAAUACCAUUUGACACCGAAAAACAGGAACCUUAGAAGCAAAACCAUGGUUCUCAAUGGAGCUCCAUUGGAGAUUACUAAGGACGGAAACAUCCCAGAAUUGGAACCUGCUCGUGUCCUUGCAAAUUCUCCGCUAACGAUCAGCCCUUUGUCCAUCAAGUUUGUAGUGUUGCCUUACUUUGAUGCUCAAUACGCUUGUGCAUGAUUUCUCUGUACUUGACCCUUGGUCAACUAGCAUACACCUAAGUUGCAGAAUUUGUGAGCCAAUGGCAAUUGUAAAAUCUGUACAAUAAACAAAAAAUAUUCUCAGCACAUAUUUCAUGCGGAGAAUAAGCUGAAAGAAAAGGGAGAAGUUUAUAAUAACUUAUGUUUCAUAUUGUCUUUAA